UCUAUUCCCGUAAUACUUGCAGUCUCUGAGGUCCAAGAAGUGUUCUCAGCAUUUUGUUCUUUAUAAAUGCCCUUCAGUGAGGGUAAGGAGAGACGUCACAAGGAACAACAAGGGACACUGUAUUUGACCAAAAAGGAGUCUCACUGAAGUAGACAUGAUUCCUCCUUUGUUAGAGAGACUCAGCAACUCUAAACAGAUGCUAGUUGUGGCAGUGUACCUAUCAAUGUUUCUCGACAACAUUCUCCUUACAGUUGUUGUCCCCAUCAUUCCUGACUAUCUUUACACUUCAGAACAGAAAGAAUACAGUCCAGCAACCCAGAAUGUUGUCAGCUUACUCAGCUUGGAACCAGCACUUACAAACAGCUCCACAUUUCUGCAAUGUUUGGAAAACUCUGUUCCAACAGAGAAGUCCCCUAGAGUACAGCCUGCUUCAAACAUUAGUCUUCAUAAAGGAGAAAAAACAGUAACAGCAGAAAACAAAAAGGAAAAUCAGCACAGUACUACUACUGAAGGUCUAAACGACACCGGACAGCAUUCUGCAUUACAAAACUGGAGUGAAGCUGUAGAAUUGAAGUCUGUGCCAAGCAGCAAACAAGCCUCAACACUCAACAACAGCAACUUCAGCAUUAGCAGGAGGCAACAUAAUGGUGCCAGUUCAGGGGCAGCUAUUAUUUCCGCAUCCCAUGGCGUGAUUGAAGAGAAUGGUCGUGUUGGUCUUCUACUGUCAUCCAAGGCUCUCAUUCAACUGAUGAUGAACCCAGUGGUUGGAGCGCUCACUGCACAUGUGGGCUACCAGCUGCCUCUCUUUGUGGGUUCCAUCAACCUCCUAGUAGCUACACUUUUGUUUGCAUUUGGUGAACACUUCCUGGCACUCCUGUUAGCUCGCAGCCUACAAGGCAUAGCUUCAGCUUGCAUCAGUGUAUCAGGAAUGUGCCUGGUAGCAGAGCAGUUCCCUGAUGAUGUGAUUCGAAGCAGGAUUAUGGGCAUUGUUCUUGGAAGCAUGGCUCUUGGAGUUCUUGUAGGAUAUCCAUUUGGUAGCCUCAUGUAUGAUUUUGUCGGAAAAAUGGCACCAUUCUUCAUCAUUUCAGUUGCUGUUUUCUUAAAUGGAGUACUGCAACUGUUCCUUCUGGACUUGAAACCAGUUCCUAAUCGUCUACUUUUAAGCACCAGUUGGCACAAACUUCUAUCAGAUGGUCAUGUUGUGCUAAUUGCUGGUGCCAUCUGGCUAUCCACUUCGACUAUGGCUAUCUUGGAACCCUGUAUGCCUAUUUGGCUCAUGGACAACAUUAAACCACAGAAGUGGCAACUUGGAAUGGUGUUCAUUCCUGACAGCGUGGGUUAUCUCUUGGGUACCAACUUCUUUGGUCCUAUAGCAUAUAACUUGGGUCGCUGGCGUGUUGCUGUUUCUGCAAUGAUGGUUAUUGGACUGUCUACUGUACUUGUACCCAGUGCUGGCAGUGUAGGUCAGUUAGCAGUUCCACAUUUUGGUCUAGGACUUGGAAUUGGUGUGGUGGAUGCAGCACUGGUACCACUGUUAGCCAGUCUCAUGGACUCCCGAUACGCUGCACACUAUGGCUCUGUCUAUGCUCUUCAGCAGAUGGCAGUCAGUUUGGCUUACUCUUUGGGUCCUCUUGUAGGAGGUGAAAUCGUACAUGCUAUUGGCUUUCCUUGGCUCAUGCGAUCUGUUGGAUUGCUGAACUUGUUGUACUGCCCACUACUUAUUUUUACUAGUCAUGAUGUUGGAAUUCCUGUCACUACAUUGAACAGUUCACUUAUGGCUGAUGCACCUGCUGUUAACUAUAAGACAAACACUGCUAAUGACCAAGCAGCAAAUAACAACAAGAAUCUAUACAGAAGAUUCCUCAACUCUGAAGACAGUGAUUAAAUGCCCACAUCACAUCAUGUGAGUGCAAUGAAGCAGUGUCAACUGAACUGAGACUGCUGUUAUCCCUUUACAUUACACUGGUGGUUUUCCAGGAAGAAACAAAGCACAAGAAAGGUGUGUCAGGUGGCGCAGAAUUGCUACAUAGUCAACAGAAUAUCUGAGCCUUCCUUUCCUCCAAUGAGGAAAGAGAAAAUUUUCAGCCAAUAAAGGCAGGUAAUAGCAUUAUGAGAAAUCAUCCACAAAGUUUAGAGACAACAGAAUGGUGGCUAUCUCCAAUUAUCUUCAACUUAACAUUUUAAAACAUUUUGCCUGGUUUUGCACUCUCAUAAUAUAUCCCCUCAUGCCCCAAAUUCACCACAAUUACAGCAACUCUGUCACAGUAUAUUCAGUCAGUAUUUCAAAUGUUUAUUUUUCAGCAAUGUGCUGUGUAUUUAAAUGAAGACAAUUUCCUAUUAAUUUUCCUACAUUGUAUUGUAUUGUAUUGUAUUGUAUUGUAUUUUAUUUUCAUCCGUUUUGCUACAUAGUAACAUUUGGACAUGUCAUUCAGUAAUAUAAGUUAACAAAAUAAAUCUACAUAGUUACAAGCAUACUACGAACUAUGCUGAUUGAUUAAUUGACUGAUUUAUCCAGGAGUACAACUUAACAAACAAACCUACAAAGUUACAAGGAUAAGAAUGGAUACCAUGCAUUUCCAUUCUUGGCAAUAUCAUCCUUUGUUUUUUCUUAUUAUCUUUGCCUUUAUGGAGUGGGAAAAUUCAAAGAUUUAUCAGCCUCAAAUUUUCUUUCCAGCAUCUCCUUCCUUUCACCCUUCUCCUGUUAGGUUAAUAAGUUAAUAAUUUCCUAAACAUUUAAAUCCAUGUGAUUAUUCUGUUUGCAAUUCAUAUUCUCAAUUAAAAUUAUGUACCUAAAACAAUAGUAGAGUUUUCCUUGUGCUUAAUAAAUUAAAUGACACAAUUAAGAUGUAAUGGGGAGUGUAGGUAGAGCUCCACCAUUCUUUACAUCAGCACAGGAUAGAAGUGAGUGAUCAGCUUCAUACACGGUACGCUUCACACCCUGGGAAAGAGCUCUGGUACCCACUGGAUGAGAAGCUGGGUAGGCCUCAGAGGUGGUCUGGUUGCUGUUCAGUAGAGAAAAAUCUUUUGACCUGCUGGGAAAUGAACCCCAACCAUUCAGCCCAUAGCCCUUCACUAUACUGACUGAACUAUGAAAUAAUGUACAUAUGUACGUAAAUAUUUAUUAUGUCUUUAUUUUGGAGUAUUUAUAUUAUUAAAUUAAGUUAAAGAUGUAUUUUUGAGAUGUAGAGCUGUAUUGUAGUGAUGAAUCACUGUGUGAA